AUGGAGCAGAAUUCUCAGCAGGAAGAUGCUCAGCAAGUGGAAUCACAUGGGGGGUUACUGCAAGGAUCCCAAGGGAAUGUAUCCAGGCAUCAUGUGCAGGGAAAAGCCUGUGAGAGUCGGCAUAGGCCAGAGAGACAGCAGGAAAGCCAACCAGGGGAGGAAGUGGGUAAAUCCCCUAAUUGUCAGGAAACUCAGAACAACUUCAAGGAAACCACAGCCCAGCAGAGAAUCCCAACGGGAGAGAGACCCUAUAAAUGCGCUGAGUGCGGGAAGACCUUCAGUUUGAGUUCAAACCUUAUUAAACAUCAGAGGAUCCAUACAGGAGAGCGCCCCUAUGAAUGCGGCGAGUGCGGGAAAACCUUCACUCACAGCUCACACCUAACUAGACAUCAGAGAAUGCACACUGGAGAAAGACCCUAUGAAUGCUGUGAAUGCGGGAAAACCUUCCGUCAGAGCUCGAACCUUAUUAAACACCAGAGGAUCCACACCGGAGAGAGACCCUAUGAGUGCUGUGAGUGCAGGAAGACCUUCACGCGGAGAUCAAACCUCAAUGCACAUCAGAGAAUCCACAAAGAUGCAAGACCCUAUGAAUGUUUUAUAUGGGAAAACCUCCACACUGAACUCACACCUUAUUACACAUGA